UUUUAUCUUUUAUAUCAGUGAUAAGCAAAAACAGGACAGAAUAUAUUCUUUCAGAUUCAUCAGUGUCUUUUAACACUUAUUUUAGUUUGAACACAAUGUCAGAAGCCAAAGAUAUUAAAGAAUAUUUUGAAAUCGCUAAGGAAUUAACAUUGAAAGCUGGCGAGGUAAUAAAAAUUGCCUUCAAUGUGGAAAAAUCAUUUCAAUUAAAAACAAGGAUCAAUGACUUAAUUACUGAAUAUGAUAAAAAAGUAGAAAACAUACUCAUUGGUGAAUUGUCAAAAAAAUUUCCUAAUCACAAAUUUAUUGGUGAAGAAUCAGUGGACGAUCAAAUUCCUGAAUUAACAGAUGAUCCAACAUGGAUAAUUGAUCCAAUAGAUGGUACAACUAAUUUUAUUCAUUCAUAUCCUGAAUCCUGUAUUUCUCUAGCCUUAACAAUUUGCAAAGAAUUAGUCAUUGGAAUAAUUUAUAAUCCUGUCAAUGGUGAUCUCUACACUGCCAAAAAGAACGAAGGUUCAUUUCUAAAUGGAAUUAAAAUAAAAACCUCUCCUUCAACUGAAUUAAAAACAUCCCUAGUGUCAACUGAUCCUGGUUUGUUUCACGAUGGAUUAAAAAAUAGAGAUUUAUUUGUUGAGAGAUUAAAAGCAUUUGCAACAACAACUCAUGGAAUCAGAUCCAAUGGAUCUGCUGCUUUAUCAUUAUCAUAUGUUGCCAGAGGGAUUAUCGAUAUUUAUCAAAUGCAACUUUUAAAACCUUGGGACGUAGCAGCAGGUACAUUAAUUGUACAAGAAGCUGGAGGUGUUUUAACUGACGCAAAAGGUCAACCUUUCAAUAUAAUGCAAUCGCAACAAGGAAUACUUGCUACAUCAAAUUAUCAACUUCACGAGAAAACAAUAAAAUUAAUAAUUGACACUGAUCUACAAACACAACGAAAAAGGCUCAAAAGAACAUAAAAAUUAAAAUCCCUAUAAAUAUCUUCCACAUUAAUUACAAAUUAUAACAAAAUUGUAACUAAUUUUGUAAUCAAAGAAAAAACACCAUACAAUAAUGUAUUAGAAAAUUAAA